AUGGCUCGGACGAAGCAGACGGCUCGGAAAUCAACCGGCGGCAAAGCGCCGCGCAAGCAGCUGGCCACCAAGGCUGCCCGCAAGAGCGCCCCUGCUACGGGCGGCGUGAAGAAGCCUCACCGCUACCGCCCGGGCACCGUCGCCCUGCGAGAGAUCCGCCGCUACCAGAAGUCCACCGAGCUGCUGAUCCGCAAGCUGCCCUUCCAGCGGCUGGUGCGUGAGAUCGCCCAGGACUUCAAGACCGACCUGCGCUUCCAGAGCUCGGCCGUGAUGGCGUUGCAGGAGGCGAGCGAAGCGUACCUGGUGGGGCUGUUCGAGGACACGAAUCUGUGCGCCAUUCACGCCAAGCGGGUGACCAUCAUGCCGAAGGACAUUCAGCUGGCGCGGCGCAUCCGCGGGGAGAGAGCUUAAGUCGGGCGCCCCUCCGGUUCCUUCGGCCUUUUUCGAAACAAAAAACAAACCGCCAUACCCAAAGGCUCUUUUAAGAGCCGCCACCCUCGUCUC